CUUAACCAUGCCCAUCAAAAAGGUUGUAACCACCUUGAUAGCUCUUUUCUCCACCAUUCUUGCUCUCUACACAAUCCCAUUGCCCUCCUCUCUCUCUUCUAUUGCUACAACUAUCAUAACCAAUUCUCAACUCGGGCCAUUAUCAAUAUAUUCAGCAUUCUUUGGACAUAGACACCAUCAUCAUCACCAUCACCACCAUCAUCAUCACCACCAUCAUGUUCCAGUAAAGUGUUGUGAGAAAUGGACGUCAAGGCUUACACACCUGUACGAGGCUUCACUUGUGUUGACUGUUGAUUUAAAUGGUUGUGGUAACUUCAGCAAUGUUCAAAGUGCAAUUGAUUCUGUACCGGAUUUAAGUCCUUCCACAACUCUCAUUAUCGUUAAUUCGGGUGUUUAUAGGGAAAAAGUUACAGUCAGUGAGAACAAGAUAAACAUUGUAAUGCAAGGAAGGGGAUAUCAAAACACAUCAAUUGAAUGGAACGACACAGCAAAAUCUGCAGGAGGCACUGCUUAUAGCUUCUCUUUUGCUGUGUUGGCAGCUAAUUUCACAGCUUACAAUAUCAGCUUCAAGAACAAUGCACCAGAACCGAAUCCUGGUGAAGAUGAUGCACAAGCAGUAGCUCUAAAGAUUGAAGGAGACCAGUGUGCUUUUUAUGGAUGUGGAUUCUAUGGUGCUCAAGAUACUCUUCUAGAUGAUAGAGGAAGACAUUUCUUCAAAAAUUGUUUCAUCCAAGGGUCCAUAGAUUUCAUAUUUGGCAACGGAAGAUCACUCUAUCAGGAUUGUACUAUUAAUUCGAUAGCUAAGGAGAAUACAUCAGGGGUCAGUGGAUCUAUCACAGCUCAUGGAAGGCAAUCAGAAGAUGAACAAACAGGAUUCUCUUUCGUUAAUUGUAAGAUAGAUGGAAGUGGCAACGUGUGGCUUGGACGAGCUUGGGGAGCCUAUGCUACUGUAGUGUUCUCAAACACCUACAUGUCUGGAAUCAUCACUCCAGAAGGUUGGAAUGAUUGGGGUGAUCCUACCAGAGAAAAGACGCUGACUUUUGGAGAGCAUAAAUGCUAUGGAGAAGGAGCAAAUUACCAAAGAAGAGUUUCAUAUGGGAAACAACUAACCGAUUCUGAAGCAUCUUCAUUCACGAACAUUUCUUACAUAGAUGGAGACCAAUGGCUUAGUCAAACUAACAUACUCUCCGAGCUUACAUCUGAAGAAAACAUGGACGAACUUAUCGGAUUUUACUAACAUACUAGAUCUUGACCCGUGCGACCGCACGGGUAUUAAUUUUCAGUUUUAGUUUUUAUUUAUUUAUACUAAAUAGUAUAUUUAUAAUAUUUGAUCAUUUUAUAUUGACUAAGCUACGGAUGAGUAUUUAGGUAUCCACUCGAAUUCGAUUAAAAUCUAUUUGGGUUUGAGAUUUUUGAGUUUAAAAACUCUACCUCUAUUCGGGUAUUUAUAAGCUUUGGU